CUCUCGUCAAUACGGUAGCUUGUACUGUAGAAGCAAUAUAACUAUUGAUGGCAACAAGAGGCUAAAAUAGUGUCUUUAAACUCAAAUUGCGCACAAAGACAAACCAUUUUGAAGUAUUGGACUUAUUUUAACAAUAACGUCAGAACAGGUCAUCUGAAAAGUGCAUCGAUCGACUUUAGCCCAGUGUAUCCUCUUUGGUUAAAAAUAGUCUCUCGCCAAAUUUGACGGUGGUUGUUUGAAAAUGAAUGGAUUUGAUUGGACGGAGCCUUGAACUGACUUGCUAACAUUUUCAGCUGUCAACCACAGUUAAAGUUUAAGGGUAGGUUGAUCCACCUCCCGUCAUACAGUAUAUGCUGAUUCUAUUGUACAAUCUAUUAUACAGAUCUCCACCCGGACGUCGUUUGUGGAAUUAUGAGUGAGAUUCGUAGACCUAGUAUAAUGGCAGAGGCUGUGGCCAAUGUUGCCCGGAGGGUCAAUGCAACCGUGGAGGAAGAGAAAGAUACCCUGGAUCUGUCAAACUGCAAACUGAUCAGUUUCCCAGAUGGGGUAUUCAGGGUCCUCAACAGUGUUGCAGAGAAGAUACACAUCGUCACGUUGGCUGACAAUGAGAUGAAGGGAGUUACAAGCAAAUUCUUCAAAACCUUCACUCAAUUGAGAGAACUGGACUUGCACGGCAAUGUCAUCACUAAACUGCCAGAUGUAGUUGGCGAGCUGGAACAUCUGACCAGCAUCAACUUGGCCAACAACAAGCUGUCUGUCUUCCCCGAGAGACUGACGGAGAUCCAGUCUCUGGAAAGAAUCAACCUGGAAGGGAAUGACAUCACUGACGUCCCCGUGGGAAAGUUGCAGGCCAUGCCAGCGCUGAAGUGUAUCAACUUGAAGUCAAAUCCUUUGGACAACAACUUGUUAACUGUCAUUCAACAAUUUCCUCAAACAUUUGAAAUUCAAACUACAACAGACAACUAAGAGCUUGUCUUCUUCUAAGAUGGACAGUUUAUCCACACUUCAAGACAAUGAGGAUUGCAUGCUGUGCCUUCAGACUUUUUCAAUAGUACAAUUAGUUGCUUUUGAUUCUUCAGAGAUUCAAUUGUUUGGCCUGUAUUUCAUUACAUUUUUUUCCCCAUGUUUGCUGUAUGGGAACUAUCAAACUUGAGGCCUCUCCAGAACAGAACACGUGAGCCAACUGUAGUUGCUGCCAUUACUGAAAGUCCAUUUGAGUUGGGCUCAGUUCAGAGAUGACUAGAUGUUGCUGUUUACACUUUUGCGGUAGCCUUUCCAGAGCGCACCAAGAGCUACACCUAGUACAUAAUCCUUAUUAACAAUGGGCUGUUUUCAUCAUCAAAGGAAUGGCAAUUAAGUGCUACGUCUUUUAAAAAAAAAAUGUAUCUUCAACCUAUCAUCAUAACUGGAGAGAUGCUGUCCCUCCUGGUGUAGAGGACAACUAAAUCAAUCCUAAUUGGAGAGAUGCUGUCCCUCCUGGUGUAGAGGACAACUAAAUCAAUCCUAAUUGGAGAGAUGCUGUCCCUCCUGGUGUAGAGGACAACUAAAUCAAUCCUAAUUGGAGAGAUGCUGUCCCUCCUGGUGUAGAGGACAACUAAAUCAAUCCUAAUUGGAGAGAUGCUGUCCCUCCUGGUGUAGAGGACAACUAAAUCAAUCCUAAUUGGAGAGAUGCUGUCCCUCCUUGUGUAGAGGACAACUAAAUCAAUCCUAAUUGGAGAGAUGCUGUCCCUCCUGGUGUAGAGGACAACUAAAUCAAUCCUAAUUGGAGAGAUGCUGUCCCUCCUGGUGUAGAGGACAACUAAAUCAAUCCUAAUUGGAGAGAUGCUGUCCCUCCUGGUGUAGAGGACAACUAAAUCAAUCCUAAUUGGAGAGAUGCUGUCCCUCCUUGUGUAGAGGACAACUAAAUCAAUCCUAAUUGGAGAGAUGCUGUCCCUCCUUGUGUAGAGGACAACUAAAUCAAUCCUAAUUGGAGAGAUGCUGUCCCUCCUGGUGUAGAGGACAACUAAAUCAAUCCUAAUUGGAGAGAUGCUGUCCCUCCUUGUGUAGAGGACAACUAAAUCAAUCCUAAUUGGAGAGAUGCUGUCCCUCCUUGUGUAGAGGACAACUAAAUCAAUCCUAACUGGAGAGAUGCUGUCCCUCCUGGUGUAGAGGACAACUAAAUCAAUCCUAAUUGGAGAGAUGCUGUCCCUCCUUGUGUAGAGGACAACUAAAUCAAUCCUAAUUGGAGAGAUGCUGUCCCUCCUUGUGUAGAGGACAACUAAAUCAAUCCUAACUGGAGAGAUGCUGUCCCUCCUGGUGUAGAGGACAACUAAAUCAAUCCUAAUUGGAGAGAUGCUGUCCCUCCUUGUGUAGAGGACAACUACCGUAAAUCAAUCAGACUGAGUUCACUGGCGUCACCCACUUUGUAGCUUCACAUGCGAAUGGACUGACUUUACUCAUUUAGAAAACAAAGAAUAAAUAUUUUUAUUCCAAA